ACAAAAACAGCUGCAAUGAGCAACAAACCAACUCUGUACUAUGCUCUAUUUAGUCCUCCGGCCAGGGCUUGCAUGAUAACAGCCAAGUUGAUUGGUCUCGAUUUGGAUUUGAAAUUUGUUGAUUUUUCGCAAAAAGAACAUCUGAGUGAAGAAUUUCUAAAGUUAAAUCCCCAACAUCAGAUACCGGUUUUUGUGGAUACCGACGGUGAAGUGUACAUUGACAGUCACGCCAUUAUCUGUUUUAUGGUUGGUAAAUAUGCCAAGGAUGACAAACUCUAUCCAAAGGAUUUGAAAACCCGAGCUCACGUUGAUCAUCGUAUGCACUAUGAGAAUGGUGUGCUAUUUCAAGUAAUCAAGGAUAUUGUGGCCCGCAACAUUUAUGGCGGUGAAGGUGAUUUUAAUCCGAAAACAAUUACUCUCUGUGAAAAUGCCUAUAGUUUCUUGGAAGCAUUCCUCAAAAAAGGAAAAUAUGUGGUUGGUGAUGAAAUGACUGUGGCC